AUGGAGUUGGAGCACAAAGCGACGUGGGCUCUAAAAACUGCAAAUCUGGACCUGAAAACCGGAGGUGAAGCCCGGUUCCUUCAGAUUCACGAGUUAGAGGAGCUACGACAACACGCUUAUGAGAACUCCGUGUUAUACAAGGAGCGCACCAAGAGAUUGCAUGAUAAAUGCUUGAAGGACCACAAACAAUUCCAAGAGGGCGAUCUUGUAUUACUUUACAACUCGAGGUUGCGUUUAUUUCCGGGAAAAUUACGUUCACGUUGGACAGGACCAUACACGGCAAAAGAGGUAUUUCCAUAUGGGACUGUCGCAAUUGAGAACGCGAAUGGCGUUAUUUUCAAGGUAAAUGGGCAUCGCUUGAAGCUUUACGUUGCCGUGCCGAUCGAGUCGGCGGUGGAGGUUAUCGAACUCCACACCCCGCAUACAGCUUAG